AGAGUUCGAAACAAGGUGUUGAAUCUUGAGCAAACAGACCCCUUCCACUUCGGAAUUCCCAAUUACAACGGAACUUUGCGAUCGAAACACCCCUUUUCAGCGACUCCCAAGUAAUUAAGGCGGGAGCCAUUGUAUCUCGACCCGACGCCCACCGCUUCUUCAGAGAGUAGGCAAUUCGGUUUCGCGCGAGCGCAUUUCUCUGGAGCCAGCAACCAGCUCGUCUCUCGCGGCAUGUCGCACAACCACAACGAUCCGCCCACAAUGAUCCCAUGAUUCUGAUUGCCAUCGCCCCGAACCACGACGACAAACAAUGCCCCGGCUCUCGCUCUUCCGUCUCCCCGCCAAAGUACGCCGCCGCGUUCGUCGCAACCGCAUGGCCACCCUGCUCCUGCUCCUGCUGCUCUUCCUCCUCCUCAUCGCCCCCUUCUAUCUCCUCUACAUUGUCUACCGGCCGCCCACCUACGUCAUCUCCUACCUCAAGACCAAGUACCCGGACGUCCUGUUCGAAGUCAACACCAGUGAGAAGAUCAUCGCCCUGUCGCUGGACGAUGCGCCGAGCGCCCACACGGAGGAGAUCCUCGACAUCCUCAAGGCGAACAAUGCGCACGCGACCUUCUUCGUCAUAGGCGGCCAGGUCGAGGGACGGGAGCACAUCUUGCGCAAGUUGAUCAGCCGGGGUCACGAAUUGGGCAACCACGCCAUGCACGACGAGCCCUCCAAGAACCUCUCCAACGAGGAACUCGAGAGCCAGCUCCUAGCCGUCAAGGCCCAGUUGACCGCCGCCUACGAAGCCGAGCACCAAAUCCUCCCGAACAACUAUUUCCGUCCCGGGUCUGGGUUCUUCAACUACCGCAUGCGCGACUUUCUGGGCAACCGCGGCUUCAGAAUCGUCCUGGGAAGCGUGUACCCCCACGACCCUCAGAUUCCGUAUCCCGACGUCAACGCGCGACACAUACUAAGCAUGGUGCAUCCGGGAGCGAUUAUCAUCUGCCACGAUCGACGGCGGUGGACGGCGCCCAUGUUACGGCAGGUCGUGCCCGAGUUGAAAAGGCAAGGGUAUAAAAUUGUCACGAUUACAGAUUUGGUCAAGUCUGUCGAGCCGCUGGGCGGCCGCUGAACUUGUGUACCAGUGGACAAAUAGCAUUCUUUUCUUGGGUCAAAUAAUUAGAUACCUUGUAGAGUAUGGUCAGAUUGGCGUUGAGCAUGGGAUAGAGCAUUUAGUCCAUAGAUUUCCGCAGGAUCAGAGAGAAGGAACUCCGAAAUCGAAUCACAUUAUUUU